AUGUUGAAAAUCAAAUUAACUCUGGCUGAUUCUAACAUUGGAGUUGAACCAUCGUGGAGAAUAAUUAGCUCGACUUUGAAGCAUGUGGCUUCAAACGCACUGAAUGCGACGACAACAUUAACACGUUUGGGUUUUCAUCACUUAAAGAGAAACGAUUAUUGCUACAAGAAAACUUUAUCUAAGAAUAAGGACGUGCUUGCAGCUGCCAAAGAAGUAGGAAAUGCUACAAGGCCAUUAAAAAUGGAAAUAGAAAACAUCGUAUCCCUAUACGCUAUUAAAUAUCAAGAAAUUUGGGUACAAUUUCAUCAAAAAAUAGAAAAAAUCAAUUGGUUGUUAGAAAAACAAACUGAAUUGGACACGAUUCGAUAUGUAUUUGACCAUAUGAAAUAUACAAUCAAUAUGAUAUACGAUGAACCUCUUAGUGUAGAAAUUGGACCUGUGGAAAUCCAAUUAGACGAAUUCAAAGAGUCUCUACACGAUGAAAUCAAAGAUUGGCAAAUAUUAUUCGCUAACGGUGUAUUAGAAUCUUCUAAACUGAAAUACUUGUGUAAAUACAUAGCAGAGAAAUAUAGUAUAAUUUCGUCACCAAUCAACGAUUUGGUCGAUGCCAGAAAGGUGAUAAUAUGUUUAGAAGAACUAGAAAACAAUUUGACAGAUUUAGACAAUGACAUAGAAAUUACCGUUGACGUGUACGAUUUGUUAAGUGAAUACCAAGUCCCGAUUAAGCAUGAUGAUGAACGACAAUUGAAUAUACUCACCGAAACUUAUAAAAAACUCAAAUUGGAGAUGUGCAACGUACCACAAAGACUGUUGGAUAUAUACAUCCCUCUGAGGACGGAAUUGCAAGAAGGCAUAGUAAAUCUUAAAUCGGAUAUUGUGGUUUUUGACAAACAAUUCAUUGAAAGAGGCCCUAUGGUCGAUGGCCUAAUGCCUUCCGAAGCCGCUGAGAGGGUUUUACUAUUUCAAGAUCGUUUCGACGAGUUAGUCUCGUUGAUGGAACGUUAUCAGGAUGGUGAGCGUUUAUUCAAAACGCCAGUGACUUUAUAUCCUACGCUGAAUGAAACUAGACGAGUUUUUAACUUACUAAAAAAACUUUAUGAUCUAUAUAGUGCAGUCAAUCGUUCCAUUCAAACCUGGUCGAGUACACUGUGGAACCGUUUAAAAAUAGAUGAUAUCAUCGAUAGUUUAGCAGAGUACCAGCAAAAGUGUCGUAAACUUCCUAAAGGUCUAAAGGAAUGGCCAACAUAUGAAGAAUUAAAAAACAACAUUGACGAAUGGUCAGAUAAAAUGAUUCUAGUAGAAAUGAUGUUUAAGAAUUCACUAAAACCGAGGCAUUGGGAAAUGAUAGAAAAUGCGACUGGUACACUAUUCCCCGUAAACGACCACGAUUUUGCACUCAAAGAUAUUAUGUCUGCUCCUUUAUUAAAAUAUAAAGACGAGCUGGAAGACAUAUGCCAGACAGCUAUUAAAGAGAUCGACAUCGAAGCAAAAUUGCGUCAGAUAAUAUUCGAUUGGUCGACUAUAAAAAUAGAAUUGGCUAAUUUUAAAAACAGAGGAUUAUUACUUGUAAAAGGACAAGAAAUAGCGGAAGUCGUAGCCAUACUAGAAGAUUCACAAAUGGUUAUGAGCUCAUUAGCGUCCAAUAGGUAUAAUAUUGCGUUCAAGUCAGAAAUAAUGGAUUGGGUUAAGAAAUUCGCAGUGACCAGUCAAGUCUUGGAAAAUUGGAUUCUCGUGCAAAACCUUUGGAUGUAUUUAGAAGCCGUUUUUAUCGGUGGGGAUAUAUCUAAGCAACUACCACUAGAAACAAAACGCUUCACUGCUAUAGAUAAAUUGUGGGUAACUUUAAUGAACAAAGCACGAUUUCUCGAGAACGUCAUUGAAAUAUGCACCGGAGAUGGGUCUAUGGAAAUUUUACUGCCGUACAUGCUUGAACAAUUGGAGUUGUGUCAAAAGUCAUUAGCGGGGUACUUGGACCAAAAAAGAAACAUAUUUUCGAGGUUUUAUUUUAUAUCGGACCCAGUGCUUUUGGAAAUUCUGGGUCAAGCUUCGAACUCACAUAACAUUCAACCUCAUUUGCUGAGUCUUUUUGAUAAUACUGCAAAGCUGAUAUACUUUGAGUCCGAAUACGAUAAAGUGCGAGAUAUCGUAUCCAAAGAAGGUGAAAAAAUCACAUUGGAACAUCCCGUAUUAUGUACUGGAGGAGUGGAAAAUUGGUUAAACGUUUUGCUUAAUGAAUCCAAAUUUUCUGUGAAUCAAUUAAUAGCGAAUGUGGAUAAUUACAUUAUGAGAGACCCGACAUUUUCAAUUAUAACGAUGGUUGAAUUAUUUCCUGCUCAAAUGGGUCUCAUCGGUCUACAAAUGCUGUGGACAAUUCGAACAGAAUAUGCUCUUAAGAACUCUAUCACCAUGAAAAAAAUUAUGAAAGACACUAAUCAAGAAUUUAUUAAGCUCCUCAAUAUACUUAUUGACGCCACUACUAAGAAUCUGACCAAAAUUGAAAGAUUGAACUACGAGACUUUGAUUACGAUACACGUCCACCAGAGGUUUCAAAAAUAUACAUGA